AUGGUCGUUCCAUACCGGGCCAAAGGUGUCCCGUCCGACAACGCAGAAUUCGGCCACUCUGAUGUGGCGAUUACUCUGACAUGUCUCAGCUACUACUAUGAAGGACUGACCCUGGGCCAGCUGCUUGGGUGCUUUACGCGCUUGGGUAAAGAGAACGACCCUUCAAUUAUUUUCCAGAACUGGAUAUCCAGAUGUGCUCAUGAGCUUCCAGAUGGAUUACGAGCGUUCACCGGGGUGAACAUUGAAGACAGCAGAGCUUUUGAAAAUUUAAUUUACCCCCUAUUACGGUUUCAGAGAGAGGUCAUCAAUUUCUAUCUUUCUCAAUCCGUGUUUCCAAAAGCGGCAAAGGAGUUCCCUAGGAAGCUUACAACAUCGGCGUGGGAUAUCCCAUCCCAGUCGGGUAAGCAACGCACAACAGGCUUCAGUGGAACAAAUGACAAUCGAUUUCUCCUCCCCCAUUCAAUUCAUCAGUGUGACCUCCCCCAGCUGCUCCACAAUAAUGCCAUGGUCCUUGGUCUCUUGCUUCGAGAGAAUAAUCGCCAAUGUGUACUAGCACAGGAUGAGAAUGGCGGACAUCUUAAUGUGGAUCAGCUUCUGGAAACUAUCUGCAGGGACUGCAACGCUCGCGUUUUGAUCGACGUGGGUGCACAGAUUUUGGAAUACCGAAAUCAAUCUGUUGCCCAGCGCUGGCUUUCUAUGACGUCUGAGUCUGAAAUUGAAGCGGCAAUUUUCUUCAAUAAUGAAGAUGAAGUCAUGGUGGUUGAUCGUCAAGGACAUAUUGAACCGUUGUUUUCAUCUUUAUUCCGGCAACGAAUGAAUGCUUGUUUGGUAUUUCUUGAUCAAGAGCAUUCGCGGGGUGUUGACCUCAAGUUGCCCUGUGAUGCUCGAGCAGCUGUGAUACUGGGGCCCCGUUUGACGAAGGAUCCACUCGUCCAAGGUUUGUUUAUUCCACCAAAAUACGGGUAUAUAGAGUCAGCUUCUAACAUCAAGGUAGCGUGCAAUAGAAUGCGCAAGCUUGACAAAAACCAGUCUGUGGUCUUCCUCGUGCCCCCCGAGGUCAGUCACAGUAUGCAAGCUCUUUUCAACACCGAAUCGCUUGAAGGGUUUACUUCGGUUCAUGUGCUUCAGUGGACGAUGACGCAGACCUGUCUCAGUCUGGAUAAUCUGCGGCCUCUUUGGAUAAACCAUGGACUUCAGUACCACAGACGGAUGCAACUGUGGAGGUCAUUGACUUCUCAACACAACUUUCGCCCGGGAAUUCUCACUCGCGUUCAGGAGCCUGAAGCACGAACCCUUGCUGAGCUUUACGCUCCCUGGGCAAGACCGCCCACCUCUUCGGCGCAAAGCAAUCCCGGAUGGGACAUCGAUAACCCUCAAGUCAAAGAUCUCCUGGAGGGGCGAAAAUUGGCCACAGAUUUAGGCAUAAGCUACUGCUCUCUUCACGAGGAGCAGGAAAGGGAGGUUGAGUGCGAGGUUGAACGAGAGCAACAAAUGUAUCGCCCUCCUCCGCACUUACCCCGUGAGCACAUUCUUGAUGAGAACGUGAAACAUUUCGCCAAUUUUGGAAAAGCCAAAUCUGGAGGCAGUUCUACGGCAAUUCAACGGGCGUUCAUGAGCAUGCAAAAUACUUCAGUUGGUGACACGACUUUCCCCCACUGUCUAGGAUCUCAGCUAUGGGUCACCAAGGACUUCAUCGCCACUGUACAGCUCAAGAAGCGUGACAUGAACGAUGAAUUCAUGAAACCUGUCAACUGGGUCUUGUCAAGUAUUUACAGCGAUGACAUGGUCAUCGUCAGCCAGCACGAAGCCAAUGAGCUUUUGCCUGUGAUCCGCAAAUCGCCCUACUCUCGUCUUCAUUUAUACCGUCCACGAACAACCAACACAAUGCAGUCUUUUAGGAAUCUCGACUUGUUCACCACCGGGGCUGGUGCCGCUAAUUACCAGCCUCCCGAAGAUGCAGCUCGAGAUCUGGAACUGUUCGCCGGAAGCCUUUAUUUCGUUUCCUUCGAGGAUUACAAAAGGUUCCGCUCCUUCCUUGGCCUUGCUACGGACGACGUGGACAAGAUUCUGGAGGAAAAUUUGUCCAACGACGGCUUUGUCGACGAGUGGAUUCGUCGAGUAAUGGAGUGGCCGGUUUUCUCGCCUUUCGUGGACAACCCACUUCCUUUCCUUAGAGUUCUUAUGGAUAUUCGAACUAGGGGGCACAAAUACGAGCGAACUCAUAUGGGUUCGAUCGUCGGAGCGAGGCCAUUGACCAAAGAUAACUUUUGA